UCGUGCAGGGGCUGGGAGCAGGUGCUCCGCAGACCUCUCCAUUGGGCAGCUCCGGUGAACCACUCCGGCUACAAGCUGUUGCGGCCUAGCUGCUCCAGCGGUGAGCUGCUGUGGGAUGCACUAGCGGGCAGCUGCUCCGGCGUAGUGCGCUGCUUCGGCAGGCACCUACUGCGGCGUAGCUGCUUCAGCGGGCAGCUGUUGCGGUUUCGCUGCUCCGGUGGGUAGGUAUUGCAGCCUGCUUCGACGGGCAUCUGUUGUUGCCUGCUCCGGCUGCCAGCUCCGUCAGCUGCAGCGGCGGCCAGCUGCGGGUGUCUACAUCGGCGACGAGUUGGUGCUAGGGCGGCUACUUCAGCUACUUAGAGAUGGACAGAACGUUGAUUCAUGCUACUCGGUUCAGCGAUGCCUUCACCGACGGUGUUGAUCAGUUUAUGUCUUUGGUUCGAGAUAGAUUCCACGAGGACGAUGCUAUACUUUGCCCAUGUUGCAAUUGUCUGAAUCAGUUUUCACAGAGUCAGAAUGAUGUGCAUGACCAUAUCUAUCUCUUUGGGAUGUCAGCUACAUAUACUCGAUGGGUACACCAUGGAGAAGUUGUUGUUGCUGAGAUUGUGGAAUAUGUAGAGGAUGCAAAUGAACCUGGUCAUCUAGGUGAUGUGUUGGAUGUGGAUGAGCCCGACAAUGAAGAUGAGGGUACGACAGAGAUCCUUGCAUACCUAUAUACAGUUGCAGAAGAAGAUGGACAACAGCCUAUGUUUGUAAAAGUUCUUGAAGAUGCAAAACAUGCUCUUUGCCCAGGUUCUAUUCAGUCUAGGUUCUCUUUUCUAGUCAGAAUGCUACAUAUCAAGUCAGUCUAUAGGAUCAGCAACACAACAUUCAGUGCAAUAUUGAAGUUAUUGUCAAGGUCAUUCCCUAAUUGUGAUCUUCCAGAUUCAUAUGACAAAGCACAGAAGUAUCUCAAAGAAUUAGGCCUUGGAUAUGAGUUAAUCCAUGUUUGUGACAAUAAUUGUGUGUUAUUUUGGAAGGAUCUUGCUAAUCUGGAAAACUGCCCAAAAUGCAAGGAAUCUAGGUGGGUAGAUGUAGAUGGUGCCAAACGGCUUCCUAAAAAGAUUUUGAGAUAUUUUCCUCUUAUACCCAGGUUGAAGAGGAUGUUUGCAAACAAAGCAACAUCUGAGGAGAUCCGGUGGCACAAGGAUCAGUGGGUUCCUGUGGACAAUGAAAUGAGCCAUCCAGCCGAUAGCGACGCCUGGAAAGACUUUGAUGAUGUGUAUCCAAGCUUUGUUGAAGAUGCAAGAAACCUAAGUCUUGGUUUAGCUACUAGUGGGUUCAAUCCAUUCGGGAACAUGAACACAACUUAGCAUGUAGCCAGUACUUUUAAGGUAUUUAAUCUACCUCCAUGGUCAUGCACCGAUGUAUCCAACACAUAUGAGAGAAUUCCCUAUUUGA